GCAGGCAGGGCAGGCAGCCCAUCAGGCAGCAUGGGAAGGGACACCAGUGUCCCCCAGCACCCCGUGUCCUGGUCCUCCCGCAUCCCUCGGCACCGCUGAGCACGGCGGCCGGAUGGACGCUGGCUCUGGGAGCAUGGGGAGCCCCACGGGCGGGUACUCGGUCCAAGCCACCGCCGCCAUCGCCGCUGCCAUCACCUUCCUGGUGCUCUUCACCAUCGCGGGCAAUGCGCUGGUGAUCAUGGCCGUGCUGAGCAGCCGCUCGCUGCGGGCGCCCCAGAACCUCUUCUUGGUGUCAUUGGCGGCCGCCGACAUCUUGGUGGCCACCCUCAUCAUCCCCUUCUCCUUGGCCAACGAGCUCUUGGGCUACUGGUACUUCGAGAAGACGUGGUGUGAGAUCUACCUGGCUCUGGACGUGCUGUUCUGCACCUCGUCCAUCGUGCACCUCUGCGCCAUCAGCCUGGACCGGUACUGGGCCGUGAGCCGCGCCAUCGAGUACAACGCCAAGCGGACGCCGCGGCGCAUCAAGUGCAGCAUCCUCAUCGUGUGGACCAUCGCCGCCGCCAUCUCCCUCCCGCCGCUGGUCUACAAGGGUGAGAAGAAGGCGGUGGAGGGCGAGCGGCCGCAGUGCAAGCUCAACGAGGAGGCCUGGUACAUCCUCUCCUCCAGCGUCGGCUCCUUCUUCGCCCCGUGUCUCAUCAUGAUCCUCGUCUACCUGCGCAUCUACCUGAUCGCCAGGCGCCGCCACCGCUCCCGCUCCGGCACCACCAAACCCCCGGCGGUGCCACCGAGCGGCCCCGCAGCGGCCGGUGGGGACCUGCCACCGGUGGACAGGACCUCGCUGCUGAGCCCCGAGGAGCCGCCAACGUCCUCCAGCGCUGGGGCAGCGACGUCGCCGCCACCCGAGGGACUCCGCAGGGAUACGGUGGCCACCGGGACGGGGCGGGUGGUGUUGGCACAUCACCCGCCGGCGCUGAACCCCUGGAGGAGGAAGACUCAGGUGAACCGGGAGAAGCGCUUCACCUUCGUCUUGGCCGUGGUCAUCGGCGUCUUCGUGCUCUGCUGGUUCCCCUUCUUCUUCCUCUACAGCCUGGGCGCGCUCUGCCCCCGGCACUGCAAGGUCCCCGACGGCGUCUUCCAGUUCUUCUUCUGGAUCGGGUACUGCAACAGCUCCCUCAACCCCGUCAUCUACACCGUGUUCAACCAGGACUUCCGCAAGGCUUUCCGGCGGCUCCUGUGCCGCUGCCGAGCCACGACGCCGUGGUGAGGGGCUCCCCGCGCCCCCUUCCUCCUCCUCCUCCUCCUCCUCCCGCCUGCGCUUGGGUUGAGCUUUGAAGCCCCCCAAAGUGAAGAUGGGUCCCCCCCAUCCCUGCUUGUUGCCAGGUUUCCCUGGAGACCCGGCACAUGGAGCAGGGGGGAUCCAUCCCAAGAGACCCCCCCCAAGACACCACCUUUCAACAAUAAAAGCUAUUUUGGAAUAAGGAAACCAUUCCCUUUUUAUCAAGGGGGGGGCCCGGGGGUGUCAUUGCGUCGUGUGUGUCCCCACAUGCCUUGGGGACACUUGAGGACAGGAGCAGGAACAUGAUGUCUGGACGGGGGGGUUGGUUAUUUAGGGCAGCACCAUAAAUAAUGGAAGGAAUAAAUAAUACUGAUAAUAAUUAAUUAAACACAAGCCCAAGUGAUGAAGCAGCUGCUGGCCCCGAGGGCGUUCAACCCCCCCGGGGGCCCAGUGGGGAUUCACGGGAGGCUCGUAUAGGGGUUGUGCUGCCUGCCCUGGGCUGAGGGUGAUGCAUGUCAAGAGGGUUCAUGGGUUGUGACCCACAACUGGGCUGGAAUAACCCACACCAGUGUGGUGACCACCACCAUAUCGUGACCCACACUGGUGUAUUGUGCUGCACGAUGGGGUAUCGUGACCCACAGCAGGGAACGGCAACCCACGCUUGCAAUGGCAUGUCAUGACCCACAGCAGGAGAUUGCGACCCACACUGCUGUGUCGUGACAGUGCAUCCUCACUCACGCUGAUGCACCACGACUCACCAUGGCACGUGGUGACCCACACCGAGGUACCACCACACCAGCGCUCCCCUUCCCAUGGGAUGCGGCCCCAUCUCCCCGCCUCCAUCCCGCCUGACCCUGGCUGAGCUUUGGGAAGCCCAUUCCCAGCCUGGCUGCUCUCCCGUCCCGGCGCGCUGGGACGAUGCUCGGGCUGGGAGAGGUCGUGCGAACGGGGCCGGGGCCGUGGGGCUGCGCACGCCGCCAGCACCGUGUCCUGCGGCAGCUCCUCUGCCCCACGGCUGCACCCCACAGCGUGGCGCUGGAUGUGGGGGGGUCCAUAGGGAUAUGGAUGGCCCCGUAGAAGGGGGGCACAGCCAGCAGCACCCCCAAAUUCCCCCAAACCAGCCCAGGGGUUGCCAUGGCGAUUCCUUCAUUCCCAGCUUCCCCCUCCACAUAGCAGCAGAACUGGGUUUGCAGCAGAAAAAGGCCUUGGAAACCCCAGGUUUGGGGCUGAAAAAUCACUUAAAAUGGGUUAAAAUGGGUUCAAACGGGUUCAAACAAGGGUUUCUGCCCCACUCAGGGGGCUUGGCUGCCAUGGGAGGUGUGAUGAGUCCUGGCCAGGUCUCAGCCUGGCUUUGUGUUAAUAACUUGUAACUA